UCUGCUUUGACUGUGUGUCAGCCAGUCUGCUGGAGGUCAUUCUAAGGGUAACAGUCAGUCAGCAUCACCUCUGAGUGGAGUCAAAUACUGUUGAAGACAAGAAGAAGAAGAAGAAGCCAUGGCUCUGCUACUGGAGCACCAGUUCAGGCCACUGCCGGCUGACAGAAAAGUGGAAACCAGGCCUUUUCUUGAGGCUGUGUCAUACCUUCCUCCUUUCUUUGACUGCCUUGGCCCGACAAUCUUUGCUCCCAUCAAAGCCGACAUAUUAGGGAAUGUUACAAAAAUCAAGGCGGUCUAUGACACCAAUCCAGGACGCUUCAGGACCCUUCAGCAAAUCCUGGAGGUGGAGAAGGACAUGCAUGGAUCGCAGUGGCCCAACGUCGGAGCCACAUUGGCGCUCAUGUGGCUGAAAAGGGGUCUUCGCUUUAUCCAAGUGUUCCUGCAGAGCCUGCUUGAUGGUGAAAAAGAUGAAAACAACCCGAACCUCAUUCGAGUCAACGUGACCAAAGCGUAUGAGUUGACCCUGAAGCGAUACCACAGCUGGUGGGUUCAGCAGUUUUUCAGGGCAGCUCUCUUUGCCGCUCCGUACAAGUCGGACUUCAUCCAGGCGCUCUCCAAUGGUCGGCAUGUCAAGGAAGAAGAAUGUCUGGAGAAAGUAAAAAAAUUCCUGAUCAACUUCUCUGCCACAGUCGAUGUUAUUUAUGAGCUGUAUAACAAAAUGAACGCUGAUCUUGACUGCAGAGUGUGACUGCAUGGCAGUAAAGCACAUGUGUGCAAAAUCUAAUAAUAUAUCUCAUUAUCAAUGCAUUAAUAAUAUUUUUGCACUAUGUAAAAUGGCCACCAGGCUGGGCUUUCACACCCUGACCCUUUAAAACUGACCCUUGUGCUCAACUGAAGUUUUGCAAAUGUAUAUAUUGUAGUACUGCAAAAUCACUCACUGUAUACAUUAGGAGCAAAUAUAUUUUAUCGUACUGAAAUUGCCUGUGCUGAACAAAUCAGAACUACAUGCAGUGUGAGAUAGAUGUUUUGAUAUAUUAAAUAGACUUCAUCAUUUGCUUUUACCAAUGAUUUAUAUAUUACACCAGGCUGCUGAAUGAGUAGACAGUUAAGUGUGUGCAUCAAUAUGUGUUUCAAAAUAUUGUAACUACUCAAUUGUGUCUUAUACAAGUGACUAUAUCGACUGAUACUGUAUGAUAGCUAAUAAAUGAGAGAAUAC